CAUUUUUAGAGAGAAAAAAAUGAUUCUUCGAUUGCGACCCAAAGAAAAUAAAUUAUGAUACUCAAAAUUGUGAUACUGUGUUGGAUUAUAAUUUGUUCAACAGCAAUGUUAUUUUACACUGAACAUUUUUACAUAAAUAUUUUUAAAACCCAUGAUUUUACAGAAGAAAAUUAUGACACACAAUCGUUUUUAGAGAGAUUGAUCUAUCUAGAAAGACAAGAGCACGUGUCAGUGAUGUGCCGUUCGUUCAAGUUACCUAAGGACGACGAUGACUACCAGCAAGCCAUCAAUGAUAGCGUACUCUUGGACCACAUUCUGGUCGACAAUCGACAUAAAUUGCUCUAUUGUUACGUACCAAAGGUGGCGUGCACCAACUGGAAACGGGUGUUCAUGGCGCUGUCCGGGAACGCGGAGCCGGGCGCGCCGGACCUGUCGCAGAUCCCGGCGGACGUGGUGCACAAGCCCAGCACGCUGGACCGGCUGAGCGUACCGGCGGCCCGGGCGGCCGACAUGCUCGCCACGUACACCAAGUUCCUGUUCGUCCGGCACCCGUUCGAGCGGCUGCUGUCCGCGUACCGGAACAAGCUGGAGCAGCGGCACCAGGACAGCUCGUACUUCCAGUCGCGGUUCGGCCGGCGGAUCGUCAGGCGGUACCGGGCCAACGCUACGGAACAGUCACUGCGCAACGGCGACGACGUGACGUUCGCCGAGUUCGCCGCGUUCGUGGCCGACACCCGGGACACGGUGUUCAACGAGCACUGGGCGCCCAUCGACAGGCUGUGCCGGCCGUGCGCCGUCGACUACGACUUCAUCGGCAAGCACGAGUCGCUGGUCGAGGACUCGGACUACCUGCUCCGGCACGUGGUGGGCGCGGCCGACGUCCGGUUCCCGAAGGGUCCCGACUCCAACACGUCCACGCAGCUGGUCAAGUACUUCGCGCCGCUGGACCACGACACCGUGCUCAGGCUGUACAGCACGUUCGAGCUCGACUUCAAGCUGUUCAACUACAACCUGCAGAACAUCUUCGGCUACGAAGUGGGCUAAGGCGCGCGCGCCGCAGUACGCCGUACUGCACACGACCGCGGCGGCACACGCUGCAUAUGGUCGUCGAUUUCCAUAACAUAAAUAUAAUGACGUUACGCAAUCACUAUACGGCCGGGAAUGUAAUGCCGCGAGAAAAUCCCGUAAAAUGCUUUUUUUUGCUCUAAAAAUUCAAAACAAUGCAUUUUCUUAAAUUCGAAGAAAAACUUUUGCAGGGCUGCACGAUAACAAGUCUUCCGUGCGUUUUAAUAUG